AUGGCGGCGAGCGGGAAUAAUCGCUCAAUGGAGUCACGGACUGGGAGGAGUAAUCAAAGGUACAACUCGAAAGGCGAGCGCCUAGUCGCCGGGGUGGUCCCUUUGACGGAGGACAAGUCAUACGUGAUGUUGAUCCAGUCGACGCGGCGAAAGGGCUGGGUGUUGCCCAAGGGCGGCUGGGAGACGGACGAGGAGUGCCACGAGGCGGCGCUGCGUGAGGCUUGGGAGGAGGCGGGCAUCCUGGUGCAGAUUGUCUACGACCUGGGCGACAUCCACGAGACCAGCCCGCGCAAGAAGCACUCCAAGGACAAGCAGCGCUCGCUCUACCGCUUCUUCGAAGUCACCGUCACGAGCGAGGAGCCCGACUGGCCCGAGAGGGAGAAGCGCGAGCGCAAGUGGUUCACCUUUGCCGAGGCCAAAGACCUGCUCAAGGACCGGCCCGAGCUGCAAACCGCAUUGGAGCGCUCAACGAUGAAGAGGUAG